AUGGAAUCAAGAGGUACAUCCAGUGGGAGCAACAAACCGGGUAAAGUGACAAAAUCCGUGCCAAGAGCAUUGUCGUCCGGGUCAAUAAUUGAGUGCACAGAACGCUCUUCAAAUCGCGACCGUGGACUGCAGAGACUGUUGUCACCAUUGACAGCUCUUGAAAGAGUCAGCGAUUUUGAUAACGAUUUCAAGAGCAAGAAUUUACGCCGUCCAAGGCCAAAUCUUUUGAAUCGUCCUUUGGCAACUGGUAGACGUUGCCCGGAGAUACAUCCAAGGAAGCGCGCUGUUCUAUGUGGGGUUACUUACCGGAACCGUAAAUUCAGGCUCAAGGGAACCGUUAAUGAUGUGAAGAGCAUGAGGGAUUUGCUGAUUAAUCGCUUUGGUUAUUCCCAGGAGUGCAUUCGCGUCCUUACAGAAGAAGAAGGACCUGCUUUCUGCCCGACGAAGAAGAACAUACAAGAAGCCUUGAAAUGGCUUGUGGAGGGCUCAGAGUCCGGAGACUCAUUGGUGUUCUACUUUUCCGGCCAUGGCCUCCGACAACCUGAUUUCAACAACGACGAGCGAGAUGGAUUCGACGAAACUAUUUGUCCGGUCGAUUUCGUGCAGGAAGGCAUGAUCCUCGACAACGACAUAAAUUCCACCAUUGUUCGGCCGCUCAAGAAAGGUGUCACCCUCCAUGCAAUUGUCGAUGCUUGUCACAGUGGAAUCAUUCUUGAUCUAGAGUACACAUACAACCCUAAAACAAGUAAAUGGGAUGAUAACAGCGCUCCUUCAAAAGCUCAACAAAGUACAAGCGGUGGAAUUGCAAUUUCUUUAAGCGCUUGUGAAGAUGAUCAAAUAAUGGCUGCCGAUACCUCUUAUUUCACUGGAGAGGCAAUGGCUGGUGCAAUGACCUCUGCUUUGAUCCAAACGCUUGAUAGAAAUAAAAAAUUGACAUAUGGAAGUCUACUGGAGACAAUCCAUGAAACCCACGAGCAGAUUAAUUCAGGUUGGUUUUCCUCUUAUUACAGUGGAUGGUGCCUCAACUCCAAGUUAUUACAGAAAUUGUUUCGUUACCGAAUAAUUCAGGAUCCUCUGCUAUCAUCAUCUGAAGCGUUCGAUGUUCACAAGAAGGAAUUUGUUCUGUGA